GCCUCAUUCUGCGUAGCCGCCGGCUCUGCUUCCUUUUACCCCGCUUCCCCUUCUGCUGGAGCCUUCACCGCGCACUGGGCAUAUCGCAUACAUUGCGUUGCUUUGCCCGCUUCUUCCUGCACGGCAUGGCGGCAGGAAAUGCAAUUGCAUCCUGUUGCUUCAUUCUGAUCUAUUGAUUGUACGGUUGCCUCGUCGUUCUCCGCCAUACGUGAAUCGGAGCGCUAUGGAAAGCUCCGCCGAUGCGAAAUACACUGUAUCGCAGGACUCUCUGCCCGAGGUUUUGUGGCGAGUGACGCGUCCCAUAUUCCAAAGGACACAGCGAGUAACGGGAGAGCUGUGGGCGAGGGAUAUGCCAAAGACUUUGCUAGAGAGGGAGGAUCUGUUGAGGAAUGUUAGGAACCAUUUCGACUGGAGCUCUUUGAAACACACCUGCUUUGUCUCUGUGUUCACGGAUGAAGAUCACGCCCGCUGCUGGGCAAACAAGCUACGCGUUUAUCACGGCCAUCAGCCGAUGUGCAGGACUCGAAUCAUUGCGGCGCUUCUGCCGGAUGACAUCCGAAUAUUCGAUGCACGCAAGCUACGAGAGGACGUAGGGCCCGAUCUCAUGCUGUCACAGGGCGAACUCCUCUUCUUUAGUCGCAUUCCAUGGCAGUCUCUUGGGCGCACCGGCCCUUUCGACGAGACACUCGCGCCCAUCAAGGAUUGCAAGAGUUUGGGAGUCGAGUCGCUUCGGAACAUGAACGACGUGUUCGGAUGUCUUCUCAGGGCCGUCUCUGAAAGCCGUGUUCAAGCAUGCGACGAGGCUGACAGGAACCGUCCUAGGCGGGCAAAAGCAGAGCUGACUGACAUCUAUCGACAAUUUGUUGACAAGAUAGGCCGGUGGUGAGUUUUGAAGCUCCGUGAAGUAGGGCGGGGAUAGCACAGACAUGGAUGGGCAAGACAACGUUCGAUGAGAUUGAGGCAAUCCUGGAGCGCAUGGACCGUCUAGCUCAGUUGAAAGAGCAGCCUUUGUUAAUGCUGCAGUUCGUGGAUGGAUAGAAAUCAGGAGAUUACUAGAAGUACACUGUCCGUGGUUGAUACCGUACCUCGUACAUGUAGGUCAUAUCACAACCCUCC